AUGUCCACCGCUCCCAUAGACACAUCCAACGGCAUUGCCUUGCUUUGCACCCUCCACCCAGCCUCACUAGAGAAACAAGAAAGAGUGGGAGACACUACAAGAACCACAUGGAGUCAAUACACUGACGAACUACUAGGUCCUCUCCCUUUUGCGCAAAUCCGCUAGAGAAUACUACCGCCUUCCCUCAGCAACAUGUACAACCUGGUCCUACUUCACUCCGUUGCCCAAGGGCCUCGGAGUCGCGGGACUAGAGAUAUACACCGAGGUAUCAGCACUGCAGAAGCAGGUUGAUGAUCCGGUACAUUUCCAGAAGUAUCACGAAAUAGUAAAGAAGGUACAACAAUCUCUGGAACAUGAUAGUGGACCGAUUUGGCAGGCUUGCUGACUGCUAUGUCGCCUGGAAAAGGAAGGGUUAUAUUCCAAAGACGAAGAAUUGGUAGCAUGGUACCUGACCGCCGGCUUCGUAGCAAGAGUAAAUGCCGGUAAUAACGGGGGAGGGAAUUUGGUCUCCCUGACCAAGUUUAUUGGGAAGAAGGAGGGCGUGUUGAAGGCUUUGGAGUAAGUCUCGAAUGCCGACAGCAGACCUGAACGAAUGUGCUGAUCCGCGCCAGGUCCUUCUUGCCAUUCGUGGAGAACAAGGAACCGUUCGUGUUGACUUACGCAAUCUUCACAAGACCCAAAGCGCCCAAAGAAGUUCUGUUGUUCGUGAGAUACAAAGACUCGAACGCAAUGAAAAGCCAUAGCAAGGCACCAGAGCACGUAGCUGUAGUGUGAGUUCGUCCAUGUUUGGAGUUCAGAGAAGUUGCACUAACGCUGCGAGGGGGUAGCAAGGAGAUCAUGAAGCACGCCGAGAAUGAUAUUGGCAAGUCGACGAGCGUGUGGCAAGAAGUAGAAGACAGCUUCGUCUCGAACCAGAUCGGAGGACAUCAGACAGCACCAAAACUUUGA